AGGACACCAUGUUUUCGUGUUGUCUCCCCGUGUCCCGAGGCUGCGGCCUCAAGAGAGGCAGCGAUGAGAGUAUAUUCCGACGUGCCCGCCGCUGGAUCAGGACUCAGUCCAGACGACGCCAGUGGCCCUUUGCACGGCGGGAUCCGGAGCGCUCAACCCUGAUCAAGGAGGAGCAGCUGGUGGAGGAAGACUCCUUCCCCAUGUCCAGGAGUGAGAGCCCGGUGAGCCACACCACUGAGGGCCAGGACAGUCCUGAAGUGUGUGUGGCCACCUGGGCGGCUGGGGAGCCCGGGCCCGUUGUAUGGAGGAUGCCUCGAGGGAGGCCGACCAGUCUCCAAAGGCCUCCAACCACUAAGCUGCUCCGUCCCAACAUGCACAUGCUAAUUUUCAACUAUUACCUGAGGCGCUAUGAGCCUGUUACUGACACCAUAUGGGAAGACCUGGAACCCAAGGAGGCAGAGCCCCAGGCACCAGCCCAGGAGCCACAGGCGGCUCCUCCUGUCACACUGGAAGUCCAUCUUGAGGAGCAGGAUGCAGAGCUGGAGGCAUCCCCACCUCCAGAGCUUUCACCACCUCCAGCAGCCUCUCCAGCUGCAGCUGUGGAGCCAGGGCCGGCCCCAGAAGAAACUGAGGCCCCAGCACCGCUGGAUGAAGAACCCUCCCUGGAGCUCAUGCUGGCUCCUGCCUCAGAGGAGGAGCUGCCUGUGGAGGGUAUAACUCAAGGGCUCCUUGAUGAAUGUGCUCACCCUGUCAUAAGGGCAAAACUUAAUAUUUUCCUUUGCUUUUCUGUUUUUCUUUUAUUGCUUUUUUGUUCUCCAUGCCAUGAUACAAUUUUUCAUCUUUUGAUUUUCAUUAUUUCAGGGUAUUGGGGAGUUUUUGACUUUAUUAUUUUCUUUUUCCUAUUUUUAGCCUUAAUUGCUCCAUUGGAUAACCUUGUUUAA